AUGCAGAUGACCGUUGAGACGAGCAGCCUACUUCAGGAGCGAGUCGCUGGCGUCGAUGAGGCCAUCAAUAGCAGGAAAAGUGAGCCUGGCCAGAAAAACGAGAAGCAACCGGAAGCCCUUGGGGCGGCGUACACCUUCGAUGCGGGCCCGAACGCUUGCAUCUACAUUGAAGAGGCUACCAUGUGCGAGUUCCUGAAGUUCGUAACCAAACAUCUAAGGUUUUCGCCGGAAGCCAAGGCCAAAAUUCAGGAGAUUCUUGGUGAAGACGUUGAGACACUCCUUGACGCGCCCCUCAUCCUCGACCUCAUCUACAGCACCGUGGGCGGCGAGCCGCAAAUCUUGGCGCACCAGAUGUCU